AUGGUCGCCACACGAAAGCGUGCGCGGCCGGCUGGCUCCUGCAGCCUAGACGAGUCGACGCUGGCGUCGCUCAACACCUCGCGUGCGCCGCUCGAGCUCACGGGCGGCCACGCGCAGCCAGCGCGGAUGGUGCAGUACUUUCGGGAGGCGAAGCUUACCGACGUGACAAUCAUAGUGGACGGCAAGUCAUACGCGGCCCACCGCAACGUGUUGGCGGCGGCGUCGGACUACCUGGACAAGCUCUUUGCCGGCCCAAAGUGGGCGGACCAGGAGCAGCCGGUGAAGCUCUCUCAGGUGCCGGGCGCACACACGUUCGCAAACAUCCUCGAGUACAUCUACACGGGGAGCUGCAUGACGAACGAGAGCGACCUGAUCUCGAUGCUCGAGGCGGCGCACUACCUCCAGAUCGAGCCGCUGCUCCGCUCGCUGCAGGAGCUGGUCGCGCGGCGCGUGGACGCGUCAAACUGCCUCGAGGCUUGGAAAGUGGCAGACACGUACACGCUCGAGAAGCUGUCGGCGACGGCGAUGCAGGAGGAGGCUCCAGCGCGAGUCGACCUCUCCAACGCUGACGUGCUCGGCUCGGGCGUGCAGCGGCCCGUGCCUGCCGACCUGCUCUGCGGGUGGGAGUGCCACUUCGAGGAGAUCGACCUGCACGAGGGGCCUGGCGACUCGUGGAUGAAGCUCGUCUACUUCGCUUGCAUCUCUUGA